AUGUCUGACCAGGAGAUGGAGGACUGUGAUGGGGACAGCCUGUCGGACGUGUCGCGCAUGAUCCCGGGGCUCCCCCCGUACAACAUGGAGGACCAGCUCCUCCCCAUGGAGAGGCGCAGCACCUGUGGGUGUUGUGCGUGGGCCGGCCUGGUGGCGGCGAUGAACUCGUUGGCCUUCCUGCUGAACGUGCUCCUCAUGGCGGCCGUCUUCGCCAUCGUCCUCCUCCCCACCGUUGUGCUGGUCUACUUUGGCUUCCAGUGCCACUCCCGGGUGCUCCAUUCCACAGCCUACUACUGCAAGACCGUCCUGGACGACAACAGCUCCUCCGCGCUGAUCAUCCUCGGCUUCGUCAUCAUGUCCCCUCUGAUCGUGGUGGCCACGGCCCUCUACUGCAGCCUGGCCCGGCGACUCCACCUCUUCCUGUGCUUCCAGCCGUGUUCCCGGGCCGUCUACAAGGGCGUGAAGUGGCGCUGGUACGAAGAAGGCGGCCUGUGCGGCUGUGUGAAGGGGUGGAACCGCCAGGUCAAGGCCUGGGUUUAA